AUGUAUGCUUUUUGCGGACGACAUAGUCCUGAUUGAUGAGACUCGUAGCGGAGUUAACGCUAAGCUGGAGUGUUGGAGACAUACUCUGGAGUCUAAAGGGUUUACGCUGAGUAGGACCAAGACAGAGUACUUGGAGUGUAAGUUCAGUGAAGCAACUCAGGAGGCUGACUUGGAAGUAAGGCUUGGUACCCAGGCCAUCCAGAAGAAAAGUAGUUUCAAGUACCUUGGGUCUAUUGUGCAAGGCAGCGGGGAGAUUGACGAUGAUGUCACACAUCGUAUUGGGGCAGGGUGGAUGAAAUGUAGGCUUGCUUCCGGAGUGCUAUGUGACAAAAAGGUGCCACCAAAACUUAAGGGCAAGUUCUACAAAGUGGUGGUUAGACCGACUAUGUUGUAUGGGGCGGAGUGUUGGCCAGUUAAGAUCUCUCACGUUCAAAAGAUGAAAGUUGCCGAGAUGAGAAUGUUGAGAUGGAUGUGUGGCCACACCAAGAGUGACAGGAUUAGGAAUGAGGAUAUUCGGGAUAAGGUGGGGGUGGCCUCGGUGGAAGACAAGAUGCGAGAAGCGAGAUUGAGAUGGUUUGGGCAUGUGAAGAGGAGAGAUACAGAUGCCCCAGUGCGGAGGUGUGAGAGGUUGGCCAUGGAUGGUUUCAGACAAGGUAGGGGUAGGCCGAAAAAGUAUUGGGGAGAGGUAAUUAGACACGACAUGGCGCAAUUACAGCUUACCGAGGACAUGACCUUAGAUAGGAGGGUUUGGAGGACCCAAAUUAGGGUAGAAGGCUAGUAGAUAGUCUCGUUAUCCGUUCUUAUUAGUAGUCGCAUUAUUGCAAUAUAAUUUCUUGUGCUCCAAUUUCUGCUAUUAUCUGUUAUUAUGUGUUAUUUCCUGUGUUUUGGUUAUCCUGUGUCAUCUGCUCCGAUUUCUGCUAUUAUCGGUUAUUUUCUGUGCUCUGAUUAUCCUGUAUUAUCUGUGUCGCUUGCAUUAUUUCAUUUCCAUAUCGCUUUAAAUCUCUUAUCUGAAUCUCUUAACCUUAUCUGACUUCUCUUUAUGCUUUUAUUGAGCCGGGGGACUUUCGGAAACAGCCGUCCUACCUUGAUAGGAGUCAGGUCUGCGUACACUCUACCCUCCCCAGACCCUACGAUGUGGGAUUUCACUGGGUUGUUGUUGUUGUU